AUGAAUGAAUGGAAUGUUUUCAAUUUCUUUCUGUAUAAAAAAAUAAUUGGUUUGCCAUUGUCAUUUCUUUUUUUUUCAUCAUACACAAUAAUUGAUAUAUUGAUCACUUUCUCUGCAAUGUGGACAGUAUUCGGUUUAUCAGGUUAUCAUACAUCAUUAAUGUGUCGAGGAUUUUCAACUCAUGAAGAUAUACGUCAUUUCCCGCGUAUUGUAAAACAAGCUGGUCAUAAAAAUCCUUAUUCACAUAAAAAUAUGUUCUACAAUUAUGUGUACACACUUUGGGGUCCACAAAUGCCCAGCCUUUUACGCGGUUGGCGGAAAGUUGGCGAAGAUGCUUGGCCAGUAGGUGCUAAAGAAUUGGAUUCUUCUUCGAAUGGACAUAUCCGUGAUUCCACUGACAAUCCAUCAAAUGUAUCUUCUGUUAUUAGUAAACAUAAUCCACCUAUUCCCUUACCUAUCGAUAUGUUAAAUAAUAGGAAUGCUUUUCAUUACAAUUCUUCAUAUGAUAGAUCACCUUACGUCUCAGAAUCACCACAAAUCCCAAUUAUUCGUCAAGAUGAAUUAUCCGAUAUUUAA